AUGGUUGAGCUGGAGCAUAUUCCUAUUUUAUCCGUUUCACAAAGUGAAAUGGAGGAUCCGAUCGGAUUUUUAUCAAAACCCAGUGUUCGUCUUUUGGGUCACAAAUAUGGGAUGAUUAAACUGGUCCCGCAUGAGGAUUUCAAGCCACCGCUAUCCAUCGACCAGGAAAAUUUCAAAUUUCGAGUCAGAUUGCAGUAUUUGAACGAGCUCAAUAUUUUGAACCGGGGACGUCUAUUCAUGAUGAAGCAGUUGAACAACUAUUAUCUGCGGGGGAAACGGAGACCCGAUUUCCAGCUUGCCAAACCGUUUUUAGAGCUGCCAGGGGGCAAGGUUUAUUUUUAUGACCUUUUCAUAGCGGUUGUGCGGUUUUUCAAUCAAGACAUCAAGAAAGAGAGCCAGUCAUCUGGCCUGUCAUAUUCCGGGCGCAAGAGGCCCCGGUCUCGGCGACUUGGUGACGAAGAACAAUCCAGAGAUACGUCAGAGCUCAUCAUGGCUCCCUUGAGUAGCAUCAGCGAUAAUAUGGCUUUGUGGAAACAGAUAUCUAGCGUAUUGAAUGCCAGUGCAGACGAGCUACGGUCCACUUUCUUACAAGUUCUUGCACCCUAUUACGAUUUUAUGCAACGCAAGAUGGAGGCUCACGGUGGUCAUGCAUCGCUGCUAUCGAAUGUGAUAUAUAGCGAGGAGUUCCCCAAGUCCUUACUUAAUGACUCGGAGGAUAAUGACUCGGCGGAGGAUGACGACGAUGAAGAAGGCUGUACGAUGUGCAGCCGAACAUCCCACCAGUCACGCACCAUUUUGUGCGACUCCUGUGACAAGCCUUUCCACAUCUUUUGUCUUGACCCGCCGCUCAAUGAGGUACCGAGAGGUAAAUGGGUUUGUAACAACUGCAUUUUUGGGAAUGGUUAUUAUGGCUUUAAAGAAGAAAAUAAAUUCUACUCCAGGAAGGAGUUCCAAGCUAAGUGCCAGGAAUUUGAUACUGAGCUCUGGCCCAAUGGAGAUAAGCUUGAGGAUUUAGAGGAGCUGGAAAGAAUGUUCUGGGGAAAAGUUUACCAGAUAGAAAGAUCUAGCCCUAUACGUUACGGGGCUGAUAUUCAUAACGCAGGUCCUGGUGAAAUGACUGGGUUUCCUACAGCAGAGUUUGUACCCGAUCAGAUCCAAAAUGAUCCUGGCGAGAUGGAAAAAUACAAAGAGUAUAUCACACACCCUAUGAAUUUGGUGAAUUUACCAAGUGCCAAAGGAUCACUGUUAUCCAUUUUCGGCAGGAAAAUAUCGGGCAUGACAGUUCCUUGGAUGUACAUCGGAUCGACCUUCUCCACUUUCUGUUGGCACUUGGAGGAUCAAUACACGCUGAGUGCAAACUACCAACAUGAAGGAGAUCCAAAGGUAUGGUAUAGCAUUCCCGAGAGUUCGUGCGAGAAGUUUAAUGAACUAAUGAGAAACAUUGCCCCGGACUUAUUCCAAAAACAGCCAGAUCUACUACAUCAGUUGGUCACACUGAUAGCGCCCUACGACGAAAAAUUCCAAAAGGCCAACAUCAGUUGCUUUAAGGCAGUUCAAUACCCAGGGGAGUAUAUCGUUACGUUCCCUAAAUGCUAUCAUUCCGGUUUCAAUACUGGUUACAAUUUCAACGAGGCUGUAAACUUCACACUUGAUCUAUGGCUCCCCUACGGCGUGGAAGCUACCAGGGACUAUAUACAUACGGGUAAGAGAUGUGUGUUUGAUAUGUGGGAGCUGAUGCUGACCGUUUUGGUGGAAUAUAUCGAAAACCCUAAGAAAUUUGACGAAGCGCUGGUGCGCAAGUGUCAUGCAGAGCUACUGCGAAUGUUCAACCAGGAGAUUAAGACUUUGGACCAGCUGGGGAGUGUUUUGGCAACGCAAAAUUUGGCCACGGGGUUUACACGUCGACACAUCGAUUUAAAUACUCACGUUGAUGUACGGGUGACAGUGAGCCAAAACACAGGUUAUGACGACGAAUACAUACACGAUGUUGAAAAUGACAGCGACCAUGACGGCGAUGACGACAUCUUUUGCAGUGCAUGUAAGACUAUCUGCACUUUCGCAUUCGUGGUUCAUCGCAAGAACUCUUGUACUACCAAGCGAAGAAGACACAUGGAGGCGAUGAGCCCAGGACAAUGGAACCGGUUAGCGGAAAAAGGCGACAUGCAAAUUUUGUGCGCUAAGGACUACUUCAAUAUGGUUGAGAAAGCCGACGUUGAUCAGGCUAACGACGCCGACGACUCUGACGCGGACCCAAUUCAACAAUUCAAGCACGACGAGGUGUUCUAUAUACGGCAACCGGACGAGAUACGCUGUAUCUUGCAGACUGCACAGCGCAAGAUCGACAGCAUGCUCCGGUGA